CCCUGGCCUUUCUAAUGCUAUGAUAGAAGCAUUCUUCUCUUGUGAAGCACAAAAAAAGGUCACAAGUAGAUACUAAACCAUGAAAACUCUUGCCUUAAUCUUCACAUUCUCCAUCAUUGUUUUCUUCUCACAUGCAACACCAACAACAUUAGUCACCGAGCCUCAACCUCAAUUGAACCAAUCAGCUUCCAACCUACAACAAAAUGAGACUAAACUGAGUGGAAGCUGCAAUUACAUGGUGAACAUAAAGACAAGUUGUCACUCUCCAUCAUAUACAAAAGAUGAAAUCAGUCUUUUAUUUGGAGAUGCUCAUGACUCUCAGGUUUAUGUUCCAAGAUUGGACGAUCCAGAUUCAGGGACAUUCGAGCAGUGUACAACAAAUGAAUUGGAAAUAUUAGCACCAUGUAUUAAAAAAAUAUGCAAACUAUACUUAUUUAGGAAUGGAACAGAUGGUUGGAUUCCAGAGACUGUUACAGCAUAUGACUAUGACAAUCCACCAAUCAAAUUUUACUACAACAUUGGUAUUCCUCAGGAUGCUGGCUAUGGCUACAACUAUUGUGAUAAAGCUUAAUUAGUGUUGUUUAAUUUUCCUUAAAUAUAUUAUAUAUUAAGGUUAUUGUAUUUCUUUAAGAUCAAAUGAUCAAGAAAUAUAGAAGCAAUAUAUUAUGUAUAUCAAAUAAGGGUGCUUCUAAUAAGUGUAUAUAAGUAAGAACCUAAGAAAAUGAAUGCAUUUUUGCAUUAAUAACUAUAACUAUAUAAAUACAAUUAGUAUUUGUCA